AUGGCUUCUACUCAAUAUGGUGAAACUGAGAUGGAGGCAGAGUAUCAGAAUAUGAAUAUGGGUGAGGAUGAUGGCUAUAUUAUGUAUGAAGGUGGGGCGGAGGACUUGGAGGAAUUUGAUGAUCGCUGGUGUUUAGUUGGUAGAUUUCUUACAGAGAGGACAAUCGAUUUCCAAGCAAUGCAACAUAAAAUGGCCUCCUUAUGGAGACCAGUGAGGGGUUUAUUUGUGAAGGAGCUUGAUCCGAACUGUUUCUUGUUCCAAUUUUACCAUGAAAUGGAUAUUGACAGAGUGAUUGAAGGCAGUCCUUGGACAUUUGAUAGAGUCCCUUUAGUGUUUGAGAGGCUAAAAAGUGGAGAUAACCCCAGGAUGGUGGUGCUUAAUCAUCUGGAUUUCUGGGUCCAAUUGCACGAUAUCACAUCGGGUUUUAAAUCAGUAUCGGUGGCUAAGGACAUUGGCAAUUAUAUAGGAAAGUUUCUAAAAACUGAUCCUAAUGAUUUCAAGAGUGUUUGGAGGGAUUAUCUUAGAAUCAGAGUGUCUAUUUGUGUGGAUGUUCCACUGAAGAAAAGUAUGAAGCUACAAAAGAGAAAUGGGCCGAUUUGUUAUGUGAAAUUCAGAUAUGAAGACUUAACCACGUUCUAUUUUGUGUACGGAAUCCUUGGCCAUUUUGAAAGAUUUUGUGAGAAAGCUUUUGAUACACCACCACACUUGCUAACCAAGCCAUAUGACAUCGAGUUGAAAGCGACACCUCGUCGACGAAAUCAUACCAUUGGUGCGAAAUGGUUGAAACCAACUAUGGCGAAGAGAACGGAUAACUCAACACCGAUUGUUGGAAAUCCAGUCAGUAUGCUCCGACCAUCAACAACUGGCAAUCAUAGCUCUGCAAAUGGAGGAAAUCUGGGGGGAAAUCCUAUAAUAUCUGAUGGUGAUAGAGAGGAUUUUGUGGAAGAAGUUAUGAGUUGUAAUAAUGCCAGUUAUGAGGGUCAACUGGGGGUCCUAAAAAAGGAAAGGCUAUUACUGAAGAUUAUAUGGGGGGAGAUAUGGAGGAGGAGGCUGUUUUAA